AUGUAUGCUGCAACUUGCAAGGUGCUUGAGUAUCUUAGUGAUCAUUCUCCAAGUACAAGAUCUCGAUCCGAGGUUGGUGGUGUAUACAAAACCAUAACAACAUUUGAAUUUGAGUAUCCUACCAUUGAACAUCAUUACCACUUUGAUAUUUUCAAUGCAGCUAUUGACUUUCAGAUGAUGGAGUUAGAUACAAGAUUUAAUGAGACAUCAAUAGAGCUCCUUUCUCUCAGCACAGCUUUGGAUCCAAAAAAUUCUUUUGAAUCAUUUAAUAUGGAUAAUAUUUGCAAGCUUGCAGAGAAGUUUUAUCCUGAAAAUUUUAAACAACAAGAUAUUUAUUGUUUGAAAGUUGAGUUGCAACACUAUCAAAAUGAUGUGAUUUCUGAACCUCGAUUUCAAGUACCUACACUUUCUGAUUUAUGUCGGGAAUUAGUUGCAAGCAGAAGGUCGGAGAGUUACGUCAUUUUGACUAAAUUGAUUUGUUUAGUACUGACACUACCUGUUUCAACGGCGAUUGUGGAGCGAGCUUUUUCAGCAAUGAAACAUGUGAAAACGAAAAUUCGUAACAAAAUGGAUGAUGAUUUUCUUACUGAUUGUUUAACACUCAACAUUGAACGAGAAUUUAGUAUGAAUUUAGAUCUAGAUUCUAUUAUAGAUGAAUUUUAUGCUGUAAAACAUCGCCGAGUACAACUUCAAUAG